GGUUCGAACGGACGGGCGGGCUGGGGACGCGCUUGGCUCAUGUCGCGGCCGCGUGUCUGUGCAGCCGACUGCUCCUUCUCCUCCCUCGGCACCCGAUCAGGCGGCCCAGCCCCGCGCAGGCAGGUUCAUGCACGGCAUUUUGGACAGGAUGCUUGGUGCCACGAACCCAGAGCCAGUUUGCUGAAUUACUGUCCAGGCCCCUUGAGUCUCUGGGAAGGUCUGCAGGUGCCUCCAAGUGCCAGCUCAGGUCGAGUCAGCCCAGGAAGCUGUUUUCAAGGGCUUCUGCCACGGGUGUAAAAGACUCCAGCCCUGCAAAGAUGCUGAAACAGAUACUGUCCAAGAUGUACAUAGACCCUGAUCUGCUGGCAGAGCUCAGCGAAGAACAGAAACAGAUCCUGUUCUUCAAGAUGAGGGAGGAGCAGGUCCGCCGAUGGAAAGAAAGAGAAGAAGCAAUGGAAAAAAAGGAGUCCUUGCCAGUGCAACCCAGGCCAAAGAAAGACAACGGCAAAUCCGUCCAUUGGAAACUGGGAGCUGAUAAGGAGGUCUGGGUGUGGGUGAUGGGCGAGCACCAUCUCGAUAAGCCCUACGAUGUGCUCUGCGAGGAGAUUCUCGCCGAGCGGGCGCGGCUGAAAGCAGAGCAGGAGGCCGCAGAGCUCAGAACAUCUCAGUCCAGAGAAUCUACCGGCAGCUUGAAAACAAAGUCACAGGCCUCUGAUGUGCAAGCACCAGGUGACAAGGAGAGUCGGGUGGGCAAGAAGGCGGCAGAGGAGGGGGGACAGGGGCGAGGCUGUGGGCCAGCUCCAUCCCCCGAAGAGCAGAAAACUCCUUCACCCUCCAGUUCCUCAAGAAAUAUUCAACAAAUGUUGGCAGAUUCCAUCAGUCGGAUGAAGGAAUAUGGAUUUCUCCAGAAGAAAGAGUCCGUGAAGAAAACACAAGAUGAAGAAAUAAAACAAAUAGAUGAAGAGAGAACUAAGCAGAUUUACAAGAACUGGAAGGAAGAUUCGGAGUGGCAGGCCUCUUUGCGAAAAUCCAAAGCAGCUGAUGAGAGGAGGCGCUCCCUGGCCAAACAGGCGAGGGAAGACUACAAGAGGCUGUCCCAAAGAGGGAGAGGCAGCGAGGGGCCGCAGAGCCCCCCAGGAGGCCCCCAGAAACCCAGGAGGCCCCCGCUUCCACCCAAGCCUCAGUUCCUGAGCCCAACCGGACACCCCCACAGACCCCUCAGGUAAGGAGCCACUUGGGCAGGUGGCUUUCAGCAUCAGCAGUGAAGUGGCUGCAUGGGGAGUGAGGACCAGCUGUCUGCUGGUGCCAUUCAAACCAGCCCCACCACGGAGGCACCUGGUCAGGCCUUCAUCCCUUUUCGUCUGUACAACACCCCACUGUCACUGCCCUUCACAUAGACAAUAACUUUCUGAAGAUGCCCAGUGAGGUCAAUGAAUUCCUUGCCUCCAGCUUGGCCCAACCCCAGAGGGUGGCAGCCAGCAAUGGGAGGGAGUCGUGACAGGAGGACCCAGGGCUUGCUGGCUGUCAUGUCAUCAGCAGAGCUACCUUUCCAUGGCUCAGGAUUAAAGCUUUGAUGGUAAUUCUCAUUCUGCGCUACAGAGCCAAGCUCAUGGGUUGAGAAUUUAGAAGUAUUCUUCCCUUUUUUUUCCUUUUCCUGGCUUUUCAAAAUUAACUUUUUUUUUUUUCUUUUUUUAAGGUCUCAUCUGCAGCAUAUGAAAGUUUCCAGAUUUCCAGAUGAGGGGUAGAA